AUGGCAGACACGAAGAACGGCGAAGGCGAGGCUCCGUCCUCGACGGCUGGGGACCAGUCCAAUGCAGCAUCACCGCGCAACGAAGAUGACGCGCAAAGCAAUCAACAGCAGCAACCCAACGCUGCAUCAGAAACAGCGCCUUCCAAAUCAACUAGCAAGGCGUCUUCUACUAGAAAUUCAACACCCGCAGCUUCUUUAGAGGUACGGCAACCUGCACAGGAUUCCAACGACGCGUCUUCUGCCAUGGACGAUGUGCAACCAUCACCGGAGGCCGCCAACGGUGCUUCAAAUCAGUCCAAGGCAUCAUCAAAGGAGCCAGACCAAAAUGGUGAGGUGCCGUCGUCUUAUGGUACGCGAUCGCGCGGCCGUCCUGGCAGGUCGCGACCUAAUUAUGCUGAGGACACCGAAAUGGACUUCGAAGUGGGAGCUGCAUCCACGAAUGGCAACGUAUCUGAUCCGCCAUCGCGUAAUUCUGUGGUUCCCGAAAACGGCCAUGCUUCUAGUGUGAGUGGGAAGAAAGGUUCCGCCUCUGCGCAAGGCAAUGCAUCGUGGGGUAAUUCCGGAUCCAACACUAAAGAGAACGCGCCAAAUCCCAAUAUUUCCGGCCCAUCAGCGACCGCUACAACAACUCAGUCAAGCACACCACAACCGCAACCCGCAACUAAACGACGCAAAAAUGCUGCUGCCAACGGCGCAAAUGGUAGUCACGCGAGUGCCGCUGCGCCAAGCCAAGCAGGGGCGAAGCGCGGCAGCCAUGCCAGCGCCAUGGUAGCCGCCAACAGCGCGCGGGAGUCCAACAUGAUGACUUUCGAAAACACGGGUGCUUUCCUCGUUGAUGGUCAUUUGGAAGCAGACGACGGCCAGAUUGUUUCUGUUAAUGAUCAAGUGUACCUCGUGUGCGAGCCGCCCGGCGAGCCCUACUACCUUUGCCGAGUUAUGGAAUUUAUCCACGUCGACAACGACCCCAAGAAGCGGAUAGAGUCCAUGCGAGUUAAUUGGUUCUACCGCCCACGGGAUGUCCAGCGCUACAACAAUGACACUCGUCUGGUCUAUGCGACCAUGCACUCUGAUCUUUGUCCCCUUGCAUCUUUACGAGGAAAAUGCCAAAUCUUGCAUCGAAGCGAAAUUGGCGAUCUAGACGAGUACCGCAAGACCAAGGACAGCUUCUGGUUCAACCAAGUUUUCGACCGCUUCAUUCAUCGCUGGUAUGACGUUAUUCCAGUCUCGUCGGUUAUCAACGUACCCGACAAGGUCAAGAAAGCGCUGGACGAGCGAUGGAAGUACAUAUGUCUCGAGACCAGUCGAGUGAAGGAAUUGACUAGCGCCGUCAAGAGCUGCAAGCGUUGCGUUGGAUAUUGCGCAGCGAAUGACUCCGUCGAAUGCGCUGUGUGCCACAACACAUAUCACAUGAACUGCGUACGUCCACCACUUCUGAAGAAGCCGUCUCGUGGUUUCGCUUGGGCCUGCGGCCCAUGUAGUAGAGCUCAAGAGAAGAAGCUGGAGGCUCGACUGGGUACUACCCACGAGGAUGCGGAAGAAGAGGAGAUUGUAGAUGAGGAAGAGGAGGAGGCAAGCGGCGAUACCAACGCAGCCACACCUGAUCUAGAUUCCCAAAUCGACACACAUCCUGCGACUCAGGCCGAGAUAGCUUUGGCUAAGAUGUGGCCUAUGCGGUACCUUGGCAUACACUGCCGGGUAGAGGACGCACUGCAGUAUGACGACCGAGCCAUCUACCCUCGCGCAAGUUCCAGGCUAGGACCGCGACACCAAGCCAACGUCAACGUCUGGCACGGACAUCCCGUGGAACUGGUCAAACCCGCGGAAAUCAAGAAACGCUAUGUCAAGGCUGCGGGUAAUAAGAAGGAAGGCAAGCUCUCCAAAGAGACGGUAGCUGCGAUCGAAGCAGACAAGGCGGAGAAGGCCAAGCGCCCUAAGUGGGUAAUGGACGAGCCGCCUGGGUACGUUCGCCGCGGUGAAGACCUGCCGAAUAAGGACUCGAAGUGUACCGCGGAAUUGAUGUUCAAAAUGCCACCGUUAGGAGUCCAUUCCACGCGAGGGGAAGAUAACGCGCCAACCGUCACGGAAGAUCAAGUCAAGGCUUACAUGGAUCGGGCAAGAGCCCUGGCUAAGUCGCACAUUGGCGUAGAACCUUACAACACGAACUUUCUGGAUCGGUGCCUGGCGCUCUUCACCAAGUACCAGUACGAUGCAGACGUAGCAUUGAAGCAUGUCAAAAAGAUUGAUAAGCGGAAAGACUUGAAGGAGCCGGAGUUGACCAAGGAAGAAGAAAAGAAGUGGAAUGAAGGUGUCGCAAAAUACGGUUCGGAGAUUAGGCUCGUUCGCCUGCACACCAGCAAGACUAUGUUCUACGGGGAUGCAGUACGCUACUACUACAUGUGGAAGAAGACGCCCAAAGGAAGGGAGAUUUGGGGUUCCUACAGUAGCCGAAAAGGGCGAAGCAAGAAGGUGGAGCCUGACGCACAAUCCCGACUCGUCGAUGAUGUCGCCGACAACGCGGACGACUCAGCUUUUGACAGCGCGAAGGCUAUACAGCGCAAGCGUCUUUUCCAGUGCAAGUUCUGUACGGUUCGCCAUUCUCGCCAAUGGAGACGCGCGCCCGGUGUGACACCCGGUCAGAUGAUACCUCCUGACGGUCGGUCCAAGGACAAAACCGGGUUUCUCAUCGCGCUUUGCCUACGCUGUGCGAACCUAUGGCGCAAAUAUGCAGUGACAUGGGAAAAUGUCGACGAAAUCGCGAAGAAAGUUGCACAGGGUGGAGGAAAGGCGUGGAAGCGACGCAUCGAUGAGGAACUCCUACGUGAGGUUUACGCGGCGCAGUCAGAUCCCAGCUCCAAGAAUGGCACUCCCGAGUAUGCCGAAGCUCCGACUGCUACUGCCCAGCCGGUUGCAGAGCCGCCCAAGAAAAAACAGAAGACCGCUGCUAUUACCAACGGAGACAGUGGAACGAGUACUCCUGUUAAUGAGCCCGUCUCGAAGAAGAAGGAGAAGGAAAAACCUGCUAUGGCUCCGAAAGCUCCUACACCCCCGCCAGUUCCCGCGCCUCCGAAGCUAAGGCCUUUACCCUGCGCUGUGUGUCGGUCGUCUGAAGGUUCCCGUCUGGAAUGUGCAGCCUGUCGAUUGACUGUCCACAAGCGUUGUUAUGGUGUCGAAGAAACGCGACAGGCAAACAAGUGGUACUGCGAUACAUGCAAGAACGACAAGAAGGAGAGCGUGUCAUAUACAUACGAGUGUGUUCUCUGCCCACAGCAGGAUACCGAGCAAGAGUUCUAUGAACAGCCGAAGGCUACGCACAAGAAGAAGACCGAUCGUGAUCGCGAAAAGGAGCGCCUGGAGAAGGAGCUUGUUGACAGAGCCAAAGACGAGUAUCGUCUCCGACAACAAGAAAAAGGCCGACCGCUUGUACCCCGAGAACCGCUCAAGCGCACUGCCGACAACAACUGGGUGCACGUAUACUGUGCAAUCUGGCAUCCCGAGAUUAAGUUCAGCAGCGCGAUGCGCCUCGACAUGGUGGAGGGAAUAGGAGCACCAACACUUCGCAACGGCUAUACGUUCGGCUUCGACAUGACCCCGGUCAAGGUCUCUCGCAGGGAUGCAGUACCUACGGUGACUAUGAAUGGGGAAACGGGUACAUUGAUUGCAGCGAUCUGGUGUAAAGAGCAUUCUCCCAAGACUGUUGUUCACCCCAUGAAUGAGGAAGUGGAAGGGACAGAUCUGAUCGCAUUGCAGCUGUUCGCGCGUGAAUUCAAGCAGGCCGAUUUAACCUUGACAGGCACUGCGCGCAAAGCCAACCUGGUAGACCAGUCGACACGCGUCGUACCCCAAAUCGCGCCAACUCCAGUCAACCGUAGGGCAUCCGCGGUCACUGCGCCAACACCCACGUCGGCCCGUGGUCGACAAUCGAACGCUGGGAUAUCAGUUAAAGAAGAGUCAACCGAACCGACUGCGCCCAAACCUGAGCGCAAAUGUGUGCGCUGCAAGAUUGAAGCUAGUCCGCGAUGGUGGAAGGUUGACGAAGAAAUGCCAGCAAUACAAGCGCCUCGUGUGGUAGAUGGACCAGUUGACCGCGAAGGUGUGACAGACCAAAACGGUCACAUUGAGAAGAAGCCUGUUGUCGAGGAGGGUCGCAUCAUUAACGGCAAUGGCCAAGACGAUCAGCCGAUGACGGAUGCGCCAGCUGUUGCUUCGCCUGCGCAUAACACUUUGCGGCUGAACACCAACAUGGACGCUGUUCCCUCAGCCUCGUAUAUAUGCCAGAAGUGUCACUGGAAGAAACAUAAUGGUACGGAUGACGAGGAGGAAGAGCGAGCGAAAUCGGUAUCGAUCUUUAAAGAACCUCCGCAGACAUACCCUUUGCCAGCGACCCAAAUACCAACAUACCCACCGCCUCAUCCGCCCCUAGCAGGAACCUGGACAGUACCAGGUGGUCCCGCACCCGGUCAGCCCCCUCCGUUGCCCUCAUGGCAUAGCGGAGUCCCUCCAGGACCUGGCCAUCCCCCGCACCAUCUACCCAACGGGAACGGAUAUGGACCACCACCACCACUACAAGGCCCGCCUAUUGGUCACAUUCCUUCGUUCCAUGCGCCGUACCCGCCUCAACCUAAUGGAUAUUCGGCCUUUUCAGGUGCACCGAUGCACUCUGCGAUAGCAGCUGCAGGGCUUCGGCCACCGUACUCAGGGCCGCCUAUUAGUGGACCUCCUCAGUUACAUCACAACAACGGCGCGAUGAUGGUCAAUGGCGCUAUGCAAUCGCCACGGACAAUACCCUAUUCGCCAACUCAUCCUCAUGCACAUCCGGCCUCGCGUGAAAGCCCAUUCACUGCACCUCCUCCAGCGGUAGCGCAGUAUCCUGUGCUCCACCACGGUAGCCCUGCACCUGGCAGGCCAGCAACACCCAUGGACACGGUGAUGCGGGAUGCUCCAGCAGUCACGUCGGCGCCCACCGAACGCGCCAAUACUGGGGCAAGUGCGAGUCCAUCUCUCCGCAAUUUGUUACAUUAG